AUGUCGCAGGAGAUACUCACGCAGAAACAGGUUGAAACGGCCAGAAAGUACGAUCUUUCGGCCCGGUUUUUCGACUUCUUGGACAGACAUUUGAUCUACCCGUUGUUGGAUAAUCUAGUCACAAUCUAUGAUGAGAAGGAGAUCGACCAGAUGGAGUUCGACAUCCUCAAGGACACAUACAUGAUCAAGCUUUUGCGGGACCUCUACUUGAACUUGCAUCCGGAGGCGGAGGAUCUUCCAGAGGAGAUUUUGAAGAAGGAGAAUGAGGUGAUUGCGAAGUUGGUUCCAUUGAACGAGUCGACAAAGAAGACGUUGGACAUCUUGUGCAGCAAGGAGGUGCAGGAGAACUUGAAACAGGACAAGUACUCGAACCGGGACUUGAUCAAGUCGCACGGGAUCGACGACAAGAAGAUUCUGGAGUUGUACGAGUUUGGUAAGCUGCAGUACAACAGGGGCGACUACGUGAUGGCGUCGGACUUGUUGAACAACUUCAAGCUAUUGUCGACGAACCAGGAGUUGAUUUUGAACGCGACGUGCGGUAAGUUUGUCAGUGACAUAAUGAGCGGCGACUGGGCGGAGGCCAAGAACGAGAUGUCGAAGCUGAGAGAGGUGACGGACAACAGAAACUACCAGGGCUCCUCGCUGGAGCAGUUGAAACUAAGAAACUGGCUCAUCCACAACUCGCUGUUCAUCUUCUUCAACGAGAAGGAGUUGAAGGAGCAGCUUGCCAACAAGGAGACGUGCAGCCAGCUCUUGCAGAUGAACGAGAUCUUCAUCUCGUCGUCGUACUUGUCGACCAUCGAGGCCUCGUGUCCGUGGAUCCUCAGAUACAUAAUCUCCUCCGUGCUAUACACAAAAGACUACAGAAGACUGAGAGAUUUGAUCCGGGCGGUCGACAUCGAGUCGUACGAGUUCGAGGACCCGUUCACCCAGUUGAUCGACGCCUUGUUCAUCAAGUUCAACUUCAGCCAGCUGGGCGACAUUUUCGAAAACAUCAAGAUUCUCACAGAAACAGACUUCUUCAUCAACCACCUCGACCAGAAACAGCUCUUGAAGAACAUCGUCGAGCUCAUCCUCAGAAACGUGUUGAAGAUUUACAAGACCUUGAGUGUCUCCAACUUCAAGGCCCACUUCAUCAACGGCAUAAGCGACGAGCUCUUCAACGAGAUCGUCGAGUCCAACAACGACAUCUCCCUCGAUGCAUCCAGCAACACCCUCAGCUUGAAAAAAGACAAGAACGAUCCGUACUUCCAAGUGUACGAGAGAACCAAGGCUCUCUCUUUCAAAUCGACGCAAUUUCUCAACAAUGCUUUCGGCAAAGACCUAUGA